AUGUCCAGCGGCGAAAACCUUCCCCAAGAUAUCAUCAAAGACAUAGUCUCUCGACUACCCGUCAAAUCUCUUCACCGCUUCAAGUGUACAUCUUUCUCGUGGAAAUCCCAAAUCUCCGACCCCCAAUUCGCCAAAACCCACCUCAAUCGAACCAAGAUCAAAAAUUCUAAAUAUGCGGUACAGAAAAUUAUUAUCAUUUCGGGCUGUGGCAAUCUCUACUCGGUGGAUCCCAACCACGUAAAUCCGACCUCCACAAAACUUGAGUUUCCUACGGUGGAACAACACGACACCAAGAAAUGGGUCCAGGUUUUGAGUUCUUGCGAUGGUUUGCUUCUAGUUUCCCGUAGUGAUAAAUCCAUAUUCUUGUUGAAUCCAUCCACUAGAGAAUGUAAGAAACUGCCCAUAUGCCCAUUUGUCCGAAGGGAUUAUUGGAAUAAAUGUGUUUUGCUGGAUAAGUAUGGUGUGGGUUAUGACUCAUCGACAGAUGAUUACAAGGUACUUUGGAUGCUCUCAUACUUUGAUGAAGAGGGCGUAAUUGAUGACGUUGUGAUCGUGGCUGUCUAUUCACUAAAAACUAAUGCUUGGAGGAGAGUUGAAGAUUUCCAGCAUCGGUCUGUUCUGGGAAACUCUGGUGGGAUUUUCUUAAAUGGAUGUCUCCAUUACCUUUAUUGUGAUGCAAUUCAAAAUUGUUCCAAAAGAAUUAUUGCUUUCGAUUUAUCAGAUGAGGUUUUCAGAGAAGUACCGCUACCUGCUUGUUUGGAUGAUUCCACAAAUCUCGCGCACGCGUACUAUCGGUUGGAGGUUCUUGGGGAUUGUCUUUGUUUGGUUAGGCAGCAUAAUUGCCAAGUUGGAGUUUGGAUGAGGGAAGAACACGGGGUAAGAAAGUCUUGGACCAAACUUACAAUCGAUAUGACCGGAAUGUCUACAGUGAAAUUGUUGUGUUUGUUCGGGGAAAACGAAUAUUUGCUGAAAAUACAAGGUAGAGUUUAUGGAGAGAAACUGGUUGUGUACGAUCCGAAAAAAGAAACAAUGAGGGACAUGGUGGUUCGUGGCAUUCCAACUAAAUUUACAUUUGGGGUCAUGACUUGUAAUUCUGCAUGGCAUGCAUUUCCUGUAGUGCAUCCUGGACGGCUUGGAUAUGCCGUGCAAGAUGCACUACAGAAAGUGCCCAGCAGGAUCUCCGGAUCCCCUUUGUUUUGUUUCAGUGGUAGGUGCGUAUUAGGAUGUCCAUUUCCAAGCCUGUACAUCUUCGUUGUUCUUCUGUACUCUAACUUUGAUACGUAUGGAAUCAGAUUAUGUAAGAGGGAGGAGGGACAGACUGACGAUAGUGGAAGUCUAAAUGGUGUGAUUGGUCUCCCAAUUGAGUCGGUUUGUCACCAAUAUACUUAA